AUGUCCAAGCGCAUCUUUAACGUCAGCGACUGGGCUCCUGCUCAGGAAGCGAUGAUGGAAUCUCCAUCCGAGUCGUCUACCAUGGUUGAUUCAACAGCCAAGUCACACGUUGCCAGCGAAGCAGGCACCAUCCACACACCUCAACCUCAGCCCCAACGAAACCGCAGCAUGAGCCUUUCCAUGCCUUGGCGACGUCCCAAAUCUUUUGCCUUUGGUCAUGAGCAUAACUCGCAAAACUUAUCUCGACAUUUUACCGAUCUCGCUAUCGACGACCACGAAGACGACAUGCACGACUCGAACCAACAUCACGGUUUCCAUACCCCCGGUGCUAAGCAGAUUAAGGGCAUGUUCCGACGGGCUUCGCUGUCUAUCAACCGUAUUGUCCAUCGUCGACCCUCUAUCGCUGAGGAUACACACGAAGAUGCUGAGGCCAGCCGACCUACGACUUCUUACAACGGGGCGCACUCCACCUGGAGUCGACUUCGACAAGCCACCAUGCGUCGUUCACGAUCCAUCUACGGCUUCGAAUUCAACCGCGAGCAUGCCAACUAUAACUACGAUAACACCUCUCACCUGCCGAUUCCUGGUUACAAUGGUGAGCCGCCUGUCAUCCCUAGCAACUCCGGAGCUGCUGCAAAGGCAUCAGCAGCUAUGCAGAACGAGUACCUUGCUCGUCAAGGUCUCUACAACAUGUGGUUGAACCCCAGCACCAACGACGAGAGCAACGACCGAGAGAGCGGUAUUGGAAUCACAGUCACCCUCCCCGGUGCCGAUUGCGAGGACGAGACGGAGGAGAACAUCGCUAUCAGCACAAUCGACUUCAUCUCCAGACUUCCUGCCGAGCUCGCCAUUCAUGUUCUGGCGAACCUCGAUGCUUCUGCUCUCACCAAGGCUGCCGCGGUUUGCAAGAACUGGAACAAGAUCGUUAGUAACCAACACAUCUGGCGUGAGUCUUGCCUUCGGGAGACAACCACCACCUAUGCCACCAGUGAGCCCGUUGCGCCUGGAAGUGGCCUCGGAGUUCCUGCUGUUUCACCUGUCAACGACUGGAGAGAAAUCUACCGUGUCAAGCAGGAGUUGAGCCAGCGAUGGAAGACUGGCAAGGCCAGACCUGUCUAUCUGAACGGGCACAAGGAUAGUAUCUAUUGCCUGCAGUUUGACGAACACAAAAUCAUCACUGGUUCCCGCGACAAGACUAUCCGCAUCUGGGAUAUGCAUACCCUUCAAUGCAGUCUUGUCAUCGGACCUCACGAGAUCAUCAACGAGCCCGAUGUGCUUUACGACGAGGAUGACCAGCCUACUCACUUUGCUUCGGGCUCCUCUGAAAAUGAAAAGUCCAACUUCUCUGUGCCUGCCGUUAGAUCGUUCCCGACCCAUCACAUGGCAUCGAUUCUGUGCCUGCAGUACGACGAUGAUAUUCUCGUAACCGGAUCCUCUGACUCUACCUGCAUCGUUUAUGAUGUCCGCGCCGGAUACCAACCUAUCCGCCGACUUCGACAUCACACAGCAGCCGUUCUCGAUCUCGCUUUCGACGACAAGCAUAUCGUGACUUGCAGCAAGGACUUUACCAUUUGCGUCUGGGACCGCCACACUGGUGACUUGAUCAAGCAGCUUCGAGGUCACAACGGCCCUGUCAACGCCGUACAGAUGCGGGGCAACACCAUCGUGUCCUGCUCGGGAGAUUUCCGCGUCAAGUUGUGGAACAUUGAGACCGGAAAGAACAUUCGAGAGUUCACAGGACACACCAAGGGCCUGGCUUGCUCUCAAUUCUCCGAAGAUGGCCGGUACAUCGCAUCUGCCGGUAACGAUAAGGUGAUCCGCAUCUGGGAUGCCAACACCGGCGAGUGCUUGCGAGAGAUGCGUGCCCACGAGAACCUAGUCCGCAGCCUACACAUAGACAGUGUGAGUGGUCGACUGGUCAGUGGAAGCUACGACACCGACAUCAAGGUGUGGGAUAUGGAGACUGGACAUCAGCUGCUCGAUUUUCCCAAGUGGCAUGCCAGCUGGGUUUUGAGCGCAAAGAGUGAUUACCGUCGCAUUGUCAGCACGGGACAGGAUCCCAAGAUCUUGAUUAUGGAUUUCGGCGCCGAUGUCGAGGGUAUUGAGACUAUUGAGAGUGCGAAGCCCGUCGAGCUGAACGGAGGAUUUAUCUAG